GGCAGCUUUCAAUUAUUAUAGUGUCUUGUCAUAUCACAAGUUUUUAAUCAUAGAAAUCCUAGUAAAUUCAAAUGGAUGAUGAAGCUGAAACCUACAAAUUUUGGAGGAUUCGAAAAACCAUAAUGCAAAUGUGCCAUGAUCGUGGGUACCUGGUCACACAAGAGGAAUUAGAUCAAACUUUGGAGCAAUUUAAAGUUCAAUUUGGAGAUAAACCUAGUGAAAGAAGACCAGCAAGGAGUGACUUAAUAGUUUUGGUUGCCCAUAAUGAUGACCCUACAGACCAAAUGUUUGUGUUCUUUCCAGAAGAUGAGAAAAUUGGUAUAAAAAUAAUUAAAGCUUAUUGUCAAAAAAUGCAGGAGGAAAAUAUUUGCAAAGCCAUAAUAGUAAUAAGAAGUGGAAUGACCCCAAUAGCCAAACAGGCUCUGGGAGAUAUGGCACCUAAAUACAUACUACAAACUUUUUCAGAAUCAGAAUUAUUGAUAAACAUAACAGAACAUGAACUUGUCCCAGAACACAUAGUGAUGACUCCCCAAGAAAAGGAAGAACUUUUGAUUAGAUACAAAUUGAAAGAGAAUCAACUGCCAAGAAUUCAACAAGGGGAUCCAAUAGCCAGGUAUUUGGGACUUAAAAGAGGACAGGUGGUUAGAAUUAUUAGACCCAGUGAAACUGCCGGAAAAUACGUGACUUAUAGAUUAGUCUGCUAAACCUUCAAUAUCAUAUUCACUCCUGGUGUAUCACCUAUGAUACUUUAAUAAUUUAAAAAUUGUAUAUUAAAAUAAAUACCAAUGUAUCAUAAAAAUAUGUGAAUUUUUAUAUAUAUCGGAUUUUAUAAACACUCACCAAAAAGCGCGUUUUUAAUAAAAAUUUAUUAUACCAAUAUUU